AUGCUGCCUGCGUGUUCGUGCUCAUACAGGGCCAGAGUUGAUGCUGCUUGCAGGUUCAUGCUCGUACACUGUGCAUCGGUUUUUGCGAGGCACUGGUGGCUCGCCGCCGGGGCGUGCGUGCCCUCGUGCAGUGCCAGCCGGCGGCUCUCGUGUCUCUGGGCGGUCGCGAGCGUGGAGGCCGAGCGCCGCGGCAUGCCCCCUACCCUGCCUCUUCUCGGCGCCUGCCGCUGGCGGCGCCCUGGUUCCUUCUGCCCGUCCCCGUGUUUGUCCACCGCCGACCCUGCCUCCUUUCAGCGCCUGCCGUUGGCGACGCCCUGGUUCCUUCUGCCUGUCCCCGUGUUCCUGUCCGUCGGAGGUGGAUAG